AUUCAGUUACCUCUUACCAGACGCAUUAGCCUCUUUCUUUCCCGAUUGCUUUUUUCUCUUACUGGGACUUUGCGUCAAUAUACUUUGCAAGUGUAACAUAGCGCCAGUCUUUACCAAGCAAUGCUUCCCAAGGCCAGAAACUGGCAGCCUAGUUGGCUAUUUUCCAAUCCUACUCAACAACAUCACAGCCAGCGAGCUCCAUCAUCUUCUUGCCACAUCCUCAAGCUUUCACUUUUACUUCUCCUAGCCAUAUCUCAUUUGAGCACGCUAAGGCGCAUCCCGCGCAAUACCUUUCUCCAUUCUCAAACGUUCUCAUUAGCAUUUAAACCAUUGCACUAUCCAGCAUUUGGGACAACGAUUAUUAUGCCUCUGUUAUUGACAAUAGGCACCUCAACCAUUGUAGAGAGUGCACCUGUGCAUUUAUAUAUAAAGAAGAGUAAACGAGAUGACUUUAGUAACAGAAUAGAAGAGGAAGAAGAAGGAGGAGAAGGAGAUGAAGGAGAAGGAGAUAAAGAAGGAGGAGAAGAAGGUGAAGGUGAAGGUGAAGGUGAAGAUGAAGAGGAGGAGGAAGAAGAAAGCGUAGAAAACCAUGAAGUGCCCUCUUCGAACCAUAUUUCAUCAUGUUCCAAAGGCUCUUGCAGAUCAAGUUCCUUACCAUCUGAAUUCGAAACCCCAAAGGGUCUACCGAGCGUCCAUCUUACUCUAACAACUCCUUUCCCAACCGCAACAGUAACAGCAGCAACCAUAAUUUCGCCUUUGGCCACUUUUACAAGUCACGGUCGGAAUAGUCGAUGUACUCAUUCUUCUCCGGACAUAUCCUGUUCUGAUCACACUCCUGAAGGGGUCCCAGGAUUGCAUAGUUCAGAGGCAGCUGAUGGUCAAGAGCUAUCGUCGUUCCCUAACGCGUCUCCGCUUACACAGGUGAUAGUGUCCGUUGCGACAGUAGUGGCCGUAGUGGCCAUGACUGCGGGUGUAGUUGUGUUGAAGAAAAGACGUCGAGAACACCUUAAAGGCCAUGGAGGCGAUUCCAUACCAUACCAGAAUGGUCAAACGGGGUUGCAGACAGAAGGCCAUGUGGGACUGAAAUCGUUUAGCUCCACAAGUUCAGGGAAGUCCGAGCCUCCACAGAGGGAGCAGUUCUGGAACGUAGAUUGAUCUAUUAUCGGUAAACAGGAGUUUCUGGGAUACUAGCUCAUAAUUUUAUAACUCACGACACAACGAUCAUGCCAACACAUGAUGUUUCUUUUUAAGCGUUAUCUAAAAAAAACAUUACCGAACCCAUGGUAGAAUCAAAAAUACACUUCCCGAAUGGAUUUUGAAAAAAAAAAAAAAUUCCCACAUGGCAUUGUUCCUUUUUUUUUGCCACGCGGGAUCCCGUGUUCAAGGAAUAUGAUAAACCAAAGCCACUGUCAAUGGGAAACCAAUUUGGCCGCCGUCUCUGCUUCCUUUCUUUCUACUCUAUUUUCGGCUUUUCACACACAUUUCACCUCGACUUUCAUUCAUAAUCCUAAAAGGCCUAUAAAAACUAACGAGUCUCAUUCAAAAAAGUAAUAAAGUACCCAUCUUUUCUUAUUGCCUCUCCAC